ACAGGGAGUACCACUCUCUACAGACAAUCAUAGAAGAUAUAUACUUUCAGCGUACUCCAUAGACAGGAGCAAGAGGCAAGUGAGCUAUGCUAUAGAGCAUCUGCCUCCACCUCCACCCGGCAUCACCGUCGGUCGUCCUUGUGACUGUACCUUCUUCCCAUUUCUCAGCAUAUAUGUCCCGGCAGCCCAUCCACAUCACCUUCCCCUCUGUCGACUACAGCAUGUCUCAGCUUGUCUCCUUUAGUCCUCACCACUCGCAACCGUUCACGCUCGAAGAAGCUGUCAAUCUCGAGCUGGAUACUCUGAUCACGGAGGUGCUCAGGCUCACCAACUCACUGGAACAUCUCUACUCUAGCCAAGACCAGUUGCAAGAGUUUCUAGAGUCUGAAGAGGGGCGGGAGGAUCCAGAAAGUCAGCAGGCUUGUAUUGAGGCUAUCAGAGAGAACGAGGAGCUCAUGCCCCGGCAGAACGAAAGAAUAGCUCUUCUGGCAGCGGCUCUGAUCAACAAAGUCCGCCCUGAUCUCGGAAUUGGUGCGCCCGGGUGGCAUGCGGGAGAUGUGUUUAGGCGGUAUGGUGAGCCUGGAGGUGGUAUAGCCGGGAGAAGAAGAUGGUGGGCGAGCGAUGCGCCUGUGACGACCACAGAGCAGGCGCUGGCGUCUGGGGAAGAAGAAGGGCUGCACCUGUGAUCGAGGCUUGCAUACAUGGCAUGUACCUACAUAUAUAUGGAUCUCAAGGUUCAAUAAUCCAUGAGCCCACUGAUUUCAUGCAAUCCCGAGCCUGGAAGCCAUCGCAUGCCUUCGACUGCCAGUGCCACGGUCUUUGAGGGCAUGUUUUGACUAUCGCGCCG